AUGGCCAAGGCGGGGAGAACGCCGGUCCCUGUGACAAUACCGAACAUACACGUUAACACCGAGGCCGCUCCUGCUGCGGGCUCCUUGGCUGACCGCAUCACCAAGCCUGACGAGUCGAAGCCCACCGAUGUCUCCGAUGUUCCCGUUACCUCCAAGGAAGAUGGGGCCUCUGCCCCCGCGCAAGGCUCGGCGAAUCUCGAAGAGCCCGACUACACUGUCGCUGUCAAGCUGAGCGACCUGCAGGCCGACCCUAACAAUCCCUUGUUCUCAGUCAAGAGCUUCGAAGAUCUAGGCCUAGAUGCGCGCAUCCUCAAGGGUCUCUCGACUAUGAGCUUCCGCAAGCCAUCCAAGGUCCAGGAACGCGCCCUGCCUCUGCUUAUGAGUAAUCCCCCUAAGAACUUGGUUGGCCAGUCGCAGUCCGGUACUGGAAAAACCGCUGCCUUUGUCCUCAACGUCCUCAGUCGUCUCGAUCUCUCGACCGAAGAGCUCCAGUUGUCGCCCCAAGCUUUGAUCCUCGCUCCCACUCGUGAAUUGGCUCGUCAGAUUGUCGGUGUAAUUCAGAUCAUGGGACAGUUCCUUGACGGUCUCGUCAUUGGUACUGCUGUUCCUGCCGAUUCGAAUGCGCGCCCCUCGAAGAUGGAUUGCUCGGUGGUGGUUGGCACACCUGGCACUGUUCAAGAUAUGAUUAAGAAGCGUAUUCUGAAUCCGAGCCGUUUGAAGGUACUUGUUCUAGAUGAGGCAGAUAACAUGCUUGAUCAGCAAGGUUUGGGAGACCAGUGCAUUCGGGCCAAGGCGAUGAUUCCCCGCGAUGUCCAAAUUGUUCUGUUCUCGGCUACUUUCCCCACUCACGUUUACCGCUAUGCUACCAAAUUCGCUCCUUCUGCCAACGAGAUUACUCUCCAGCAUGACGAGUUGACGGUUGAGGGUAUCAAACAGCUCUACAUGGAUUGCGGUAGUGAGGAGGAAAAAUACCAGAAUUUGGUUCAGCUCUAUGGACUGCUUACUGUCGGGUCUUCCAUCAUUUUCGUUCGGACUCGUGCCUCUGCCGUUGAGAUCGAAAAGCGCAUGGUUGCCGAGGGUCACACUGUCGCCUCGCUGACUGGUGGUGUGGAGGGAUCCCAGCGUGAUGCUGUCAUCGAUGCCUUCCGUAGUGGUGAAGCUAAGGUUCUCAUCACGACCAACGUUCUUGCUCGAGGAAUCGAUGUCUCUACAGUUUCUUUGGUCGUUAACUACGAUAUCCCCGAAGAGUACAACGGCGGUCAACGCACCCACACACCCGACUUCCAGACAUAUCUUCACCGUAUCGGUCGUACCGGCCGCUUUGGUCGCAUUGGUGUGGCUAUCUCGUUCGUUUCCAACCGUGAUGAAUGGGAGAUGCUGCGCAAGAUUCAAGAGCACUUCCAGUGUAUCAUUGACCGCAUCGAUACCAGCGAUUGGGAUGAAGUGGAAGAAAUGAUUAAGAAAACCAUCAAGAACACCCGUGCCCAGGCAGACUUUGUUCGAACCAACUGA